AUGUGGGCUCUAGUUGUCGUCCUGUUGGUGUUUUGCAUCGGUGCCGGCCACAGUUCUCGGGUAAUCACCAGUGCCAGGGACCGGUACCAGCGACCGCACGGACUCGACCAACUCCACUACAUGCUGGCUUCUCAAGCAGACUAUCAGCAACUGACCGCCCAGUCAACCAAUGGCCGCCCUGGUCUGACGUCACCAGCCAACGGACGGCCUGGCCAUGCACCAAGGACAACCACCAGACAACCAUUGGUCACAAAUGUCACGCAGGAAACGUCAGAUGAACAGCCUGUGGCAGACAUCAGGGACUUCCCCUACGUGGCUUCCGUGCAG